AUGGCCGCCCUGUCAUGCUACCAGCCGUGUCGCUCGCACCUAGCCCAGCCUGCUAGGUGUCUCGACGAAGACGAUUACGAGCUAUCAUCGCUAACGAUACGUAGGCGGCAGUUGAUAGAAAGAUGUCACGACACGAGGACGGGACGGAACAGGGACCACAUACCUGAGGUGUCCGUCAAGAAGACGAGGGAGGAGCUGGCCAAGCAUGCGGCGCAGAGCGCGCAGCUCGCGAGGAGGCUGAACGUGGAGUCUGGCUGGUCGAAGGUCGAGGAGGUCCGCAAGAAGUUCGAGGGAGCCGCGACCACCUCCUACUCACGGUCCUUUGAGUCACCGCCUAGACGUCGUCUAGCAGACUCUCUGUUCGCAAGCUUCAAGCUUCCAAGAAAGAAGGAGAUGGCUGCUCCCAGGUCGAUAGUCCCGCAGCAGAAGAGGAAGUCGGCUGUGGAGCUGCUCGCGGAGACUAAGGCCUUCUACGUCAAGUCUGAGACUGUACUGGACAGGAAACAGGAACUACCAUUGAGGGUGAGCAGUGGUCUUAGCCAGGCGAUAGCGGCCGGCGGGUGUCAUCUAGUCAGCUCGGGAACACUUGGCAAUGAAGCCUGCUGUAACCCUUAUGCCACGACCCGUGUGACCGAUCGCCGCCCUGUGUCCGGGGCAGGGGGAGGCGGGCUGCAGAACACGUUGAGGAGGUUACUGGAACAGACGGACAGUAGGGAGAACGUGUACACGCCCGCCUACAUGACUCAAAAAAUGUUCCCGGACAGCAGGCGGGUCAAGGACCCGUAUCCCGAGCGUGAGUCCCGCUCGCAGCACACAUCCGGUACGUUCUCCGGGACCUCCUCGUCAGGUACUUCCGGUUCCAAGCAGAGGUCCGAAGAUAAAUCCAGACCCUUGAGCUUCGGGGACGCGAGGGUGUUCUUCCCGGAUUCCUUCGUCAUCCCUCGCCAGAGACCCACGGAGGUCGUCAUUAAGAACACAUAUUCUAUACCGAGCCCUCAAUCAAGUCCUCACACCAACGAGCGAGCUGACCUGGCAGCCAUCUCUCCACCCGCUGAGUACGCUCACUCGACCCCGAGAUAUAUAAGAUCAAACUCUCACUCCCAGCCGAGUGGUCGCGAGGACGAAGCCACUAACAUAAACAGUCAUAAAUCACUCCCGGACCUGCAUGCGCAGGCGCACAUCUACCCGGAACAAGUGAACGUGGUGGUUAGCGCGGAGGGCGCGGGCAGGUCUCCUCGCAGGAGAAGACACUCGGCUCAUCACAGAACAGCAUCAUGCUCCUCUAAAGGAACCAGGUCGAAUCAUUCUUCCCUGAUGUCAUCGUGUGACGCCUUCUCCGAACAUCCGUCGCCCGAGGAGAACUACCAGUCAUAUAACAGUCGCUGCGGUUCUUCGUUCGCACGAGACUCGGGCGGCUCUAGCGGACACUACACGCAGAGGAGCGCCCCGCCUCACGCACACCACGACAGAAACAGGGGUUACAGUUAUCACACCAACAGCGGUAGUACCCUGGAGCAGUGCUACGUGUCCGCUCCCCCCCAGUUCCAGGACGGGGCGCCGUCCCCCCCUCCGCCGCCGCCGCCCCCCUCCGCGCCGCACUACACCCCCGCAGCACCCGCGGGGGGACACGGCGCGCACCCCCGGGUCGGGAUACACUUCCAGGCCAGCGCGCCCCCUCCCCAGUUCCAAGACGAGCCGCUGUACGACUACAACGGGUACGACUACGACUGUACGUACAAGACGCCGCUGAAGUGUCUCACGGGCACUCCGCCACGCAAAGAAUAUACUAGGGAAUACUCCAGAUAUCACGAGCCAAGCACGGAGUUGAUCAGCAAGCAGCCGCAGUACCAGGAGUCGAGGAUGAGGCGACUAGACGAACAGCAGCAGUACGUCAACAUUGACGCUAGAAAGAUGUGUCCCCCCGAAGAGGCGACUUCGCCCCUCGGAACAUUCAAACGGCAGCGGUGUCUGAGAUACAAACAGAGACGACCUAGACCCAUACUGAGGUCCAAGUCGGAUAUAUCAGACAGAUACCGUCGUACAGACGGCCGUAGUCCCUCAUCAGCUCCGUGCGAGGUAUCCCCCAGCAGUCCGUCCGAGGGCUCCGGUCGCCUGCACAGGUUCUUCGACUACCUCGGCCUCGAGUCCCGUCAGUACGAGGCGCUGUUCAACGACGCUGAUGAAGACAGCCCCGUGUUCUUCUCAUCCGCAUCAACUGUUGAUUCAAACCAGGUCGCAGCGGCUGCUGACUAUACUGUACAAGGUCCGGGUGUACAGAAACAAAUAUAUCGCAAUACGGAGCCGCCCAGCGUCGUGGAGAGAAACGCUAGGAUCAUUAAGUGGCUGUGUCAGUGUCGGAAGGCACAGAUACCACCGCCUCAAUAG